AUGCCCAUCGAAGUAACAGACCUCACCGAGGCAGAUAUCCCCGCCGCCAUUGAGAUCAUUCAGACGGCGUUUGCGGAAGAUCCGUAUUUCAAGUGGGUGUUUGAUGCUGAGAAUUUCAACAAGCAGCGCAAUUACGAUUCCCUAGCGGUGCGAUGUCGCUGGGGGAUCAACAAUGCCAUUUUCCAAGUUGCGACAGACACAUCAAAAUCAUCCCCAGGAGGAGGAGGAAAGAAGAUAGUGGGCGUCUCCUGCUGGCUCCCACCUACCCCGGCUCACACACCAGAGACAUGGUACAGCUGGACGCAAAACUGGCUCCUCAGCUUUCGCCAGAUGCUCAACAACGUAUGGCAUUUCGGACGGGGCGGACUUCGCACCAACCGCUACUGGAUUUGGAAGGAGCGGCAGCAUGAAGCGCAGAGCCAGAUCUGGGAUGAUCCCCGGGGAUACUAUUUCUGCAAUAUUGUGGCGGUGCAUCCGGAAUGUCAGGGUUUGGGGGUGGGGAGGAAGCUCUUUGAGGCGGUGACGGAUCGGGCGGAUCAGGAGGGAGUCAAGUGUUAUUUGGAGAGUUCGAGGAAUGUGCCGAAUGUGCAGAUUUAUGAGAAGAUGGGGUUUGAGAUGAGGAGGGAGAUGGAGUGUAGGGAUGGGGAGGAUGUUUGUAUGCUCUAUUGUAUGGUUCGUGAACCGAAGUCUAAGUCGGGAUAG